AUGGCUUCCCUCGACGUGGAAGAUGCGGGGAUUCUCUCAACUAUUUUCAAAGAAUCUUUCCCAGAAAGUUGGAGAGAUAACCCAGACUUUGCUCAAUAUUUGGCAGAACUGAGUUCCUAUGGCGUUGACAAAUUGGCCAGAGAACCUGACAGGCUUGCUGAGGAAAGAUCUCAGAUUUUGGAGCAGACACAGGAUCUGGCCUUUCACAACUACAAAACAUUCAUACAGACUGCAGAAUGUUCCAGAGAGAUAUUCCAAGAUUUUCAGAUCAUAGAGAAACAUGUCAGUGAACUAUUGGACAAGUUGCCGGAAUUCUCAAGUGAAUGUAAUGGCUUCCUGGGCAAAGCUCAAGAAAUCAACAUCAGUCGUCGGAUGAACUCACUAACCCUGCAGCGUCACACACAGCUCCUUGAGAUACUCGAGAUGCCCCAGUUGAUGGACACCUGUGUGAGGAAUGGCUAUUAUGAAGAGGCUCUAGAGCUAGCCGCUCAUGUCAAGAGGCUGGAGAAGAAACAUGCUUCAAUUCCUGUCAUUCAGGGUAUAGUGAAUGAAGUGAAAGGCUCCACCCAGCUGAUGCUAACCCAGCUCGUCCAACAGUUGAGGACGACAAUCCAGCUCCCAGCCUGUCUGCGGGUCAUUGGAUACCUCAGGAGAUUGGAUGUCUUCUCUGAAGCUGAACUAAGGAUCAAAUUUUUACAGGCGAGAGAUUCGUGGUUUCAGAGUAUAUUGAGUGGCAUCCCCAAAGAUGAUGCCUACUAUCAUAUCACAAAGACAAUAGAAGCAAGUCGUGUGCACUUGUUCGACAUCAUCACCCAGUAUCGUGCCAUCUUCUCCGACGAUGACCCUCUGAUGUCAGCCAGAGAUGACAGUACAAACGAAGCCACACUCUUCCAUGGUUGGGUUGUCAAGAAGGUUUCACAGUUUUUGGACACUCUACAAAUGGACCUGAACAAAGGUGUUGGUGGUCGUUUGGACUCCCUCAUCGGCCAGUGCAUGUACUUUGGCCUCUCCUUCAGCAGAGUGGGUGCGGACUUCAGAGGCCUCCUACCGCCAAUCUUUCAGAGAGCGGCGAUGGAUGGGUUGCACUCUAUUCUUGUGGAUGCCAAUAAGAGGUUUGAGGAGUCGAUGCAGUCGUACAGUCUCCUUGCUACGUCUACGGUGUCGUCUCCAUAUUCAUAUGCCUCACAGAGUUUGCACCUGUCUCCUCCUAUGAUUCUUCUAGAUUUCCAACCGUUGGCAGCCUACUGUAACAACAUACUGACUGCCUUCAAUGACCUGAGGCUGUGUGCUCCCAUAUCACUUGCUGGUCGUGUUGCUCUGCAGGUACAGAAGUCGCUCCAGGAAGUGGUCAGGAUUAUACUGGCAUUCCACAGGGCUGAAGAGUCUGUAUUCGACCACAGAGAGAAGGAUGCCUUCGGUCAGUUCUGCCAUGUUUUUGCCAGAGAACUUCUCCCAUUCAUCAAUAAGUGUUUACAGGCCUUAUUUCCCCCAACCGCAGUGGCUCAGGCUCUUGGGGUGACUGUCUUGGAUCUGGCAAAACUAGGCAAAAUUGGUACUGUGAACAUCAACCAGGUGACAUCAGCAAUGGAGAAUUUAGUGCCUGAGAAAGAGGAGAUACCACCAGAACCAGUAGCCACUCGGGCAAUAUCUCCUGUGCCAAGUUCACUGGCGAAGGAGGCUGAUACCCCAACAAGUGCAAUGGACUCUGACUCUAAACCAGUUACCCUAAAUACAGACACUGCAUCUGAUGAUAAACUAGACAGCCAAAAAGUUAAUGAACCAGACCUUGAGCCUGCAUUGUCUGAGGCCAUGGUUGAAAGUGUCGAUGACAAACCUAUUGAAAGUAGCACUGCUGAAAGUAGUGUAAAACAACAAGAGACAGAUAUUGUAAAAACUGAGGAUACGUCAGUCAUUUCUAAAUCUGAUGUUCCUAAAUCUGAUGAUCUGGUUGGUGCAGCAACUGAAAUUGUUGAUCAUACAGGUUCAGGCAAUCAUGGAAGUGCAUCUGAAACUGUUGAUAGUACAGGUUCAGGUGAUAAUGAAAGUGCUGUUGGGCCAGUUCUUGGAGGCGAUUUAGAUAUAGAUUUAGAUCUGGACUUAGAAAUCACUGAAAUGAAGUUGGAUGAUGCAAUGCUCGAAUUGCCAUCUAGUAAAGGAAUGGGUUCGAAAGGAGACUAGAAAAAAUCUUAAUGAAUAGAGAUGCACCAAUAUUGAAUUGUGAAAGGAAUUCAUGCAGAGGCAGAGAAUGAAGCUCUGCUGGCAACACCACUGCUGUAUUAUGUAUUCUACAACAAAGUGCCUCUUCAAUACCUCUUCUAGUUUUUGGCCAAAAGGCGUAACAAUGAUGACGUCCUGAUGUCAACUGGUCAUGUGGCUGCUUGCUACAAAAUGGCUAGGAAAGCUGCAUUGUCAAGAAUGGCCCUUUGAUUGUUGGGCUAAAGUAACCAUGUACCUAUCAAUGUUUUUUCUUGUCUGGUUGUUAUGGAGUAUAUGCUUAGACAUACUGGAAUGUCCUUGGUGUAUCUGUGAUGUAAAUAGUCUGAACAUGAAAUAAAUUAUCUAAAAAUGACA